CUAUAAAUUCAGGAUUCCCCGCUUCUACACCUCUUCUCGGCCCUUCACUCCUCCUCGUGGUGAACCCCCACUCACGUUCAGCUAUGCAGAUGCUCCAGCUGCUCUUUGCAGUCAUUGUCAUCCUCCUCCUCCAGGACGUUCCCGCAAGAGGCCUUUCAGACAGCCAGCAGUGCAGAAGCAACCACGGCCACUGCCGGAGGCUUUGCUUCCACAUGGAGCGCUGGGAAGGGACCUGCAGCAGCGGCCGUCUGCGCUGCUGCCGAUGAGAGUGGCCACGCUGGGAUGGACACCGGAACCCCAGGGAGACCAGCCCAGCAACCCUGCAACUACAACUGUACAUAGGAUCUGCUCUUGGACACCUCCAUGCCCACACCCUCAACUUGUGUUGUCCAUCACCAGUAAACCUGUUGGUUUUAUAUAUCCUUCUGA